GCCCCCAUGCGGCGCUGAGCGGCGGCGGCGGCGGCCCCGGGAGCGGCCCCGGCAGCGGGGGGGGGAACCCGGACGGGCGGCAGCAGCCCGGGGGGGGUGGCGGUGGAGGCGGCGGAGGAGCCAUGGAGGGCAUGGACGUGGACCUGGACGCGGAGCUGAUGCAGAAGUUCAGCUGCCUGGGCACCACCGACAAGGACGUGCUCAUCGGCGAGUUCCAGCGGCUGCUCGGCUUCCAGCUCAGCCCCGCCGGCUGCGCCUUCUUCCUCGACAUGACCAACUGGAACCUACAAGCCGCCAUCGGAGCCUAUUAUGACUUUGAGAGCCCAAAUAUCAAUGUACCCUCCAUGUCCUUUGUUGAAGAUGUCACCAUCGGGGAAGGGGAGUCCAUCCCUCCUGACACCCAGUUUACAAAAACAUGGAGGAUACAGAACACAGGGACGGAGGCCUGGCCCCCAGGAGUUUGUCUGAAGUAUGUUGGGGGAGACCAGUUUGGCCACGUAAACAUGGUGAUGGUCAGGUCCCUGGAGCCCCAGGAGAUUGCAGACGUCAGUGUUCAGAUGUGCAGCCCCAGCACAGCAGGAAUGUAUCAGGGACAGUGGCGAAUGUGCACUGCCACAGGACUCUAUUACGGAGAUGUCAUCUGGGUGAUCCUCAGCGUGGAAGUUGGAGGACUUCUAGGAGUAACACAGCAGCUGUCAUCCUUUGAAACAGAGUUCAACACGCAACCGCAUCGCAAGGUAGAAGGAAACUUUAACCCGUUCGCCUCUCCGCAGAAGAACAGGCAACCAGAUGAAAACAACCUAAAAGACCCUGGGGGUUCCGAGCUAGGCACAAUCAGCAAAAACACGUGGGGGCCUGCUCCUGACCAAAUCGAACAAGAUCAGAAUGGACUGUCACAAAACUCUGUAAAUCUCUCCCCCAGCAGUCACUCGAACAACUUGUCGGUAGUGACAUACAGUAAGGGUUUCCACGGUCCUUAUCCCUUCGGACAGUCUUAAAACACAAACACACAAAACGGGUAUCGGCAA